AUGGACGUGCAUCUGUGGCAGGAGGGUCUGGAGGAAAUCUCCGACGCGUCUCUCGCCGCCGCGGCCGCCGCCUUCAUCGUCCUUCUUGCCGCCGUGCUUCGAGUGCUCCCGGUAUCAUCGACACCGCCAAAGGCGGCGGCGGCGGCACACGCAGCGGUCGACACCGAUUCGGUGGACACCGAUUCGUCUGUCUGGGACGCGACCGAUCCGGAUCAUCCAGGCUCCGCAUCGCUUCUCGGCACUGAGAGUAGGGAGUGGUGGAAUGUGCCGCCUGUCAGUGCGGCUGAGGCCCUGGUCAUCGGAGGGGCGAUCCCGCUGCUUCACGCCAGUGCGCCGGCGGGCAUGCUCGGGCGGGCGCACUCCGCCGGCGCGGCGGCUCUCAAGAUGGAAUUGCUUCGGAAGCUGCGGACGCUGUCUGCUCGACACCAGACGUCGGAGCAUUUGGCAGCGCUGAUCAACUCGGCGAGCGAUUGGAAGCGCCGCCACUGCGCCGCCCCGCCGUGCGCGCCGCUCGCCUCUGCGUCCGAUCUCGACGAGGGCGAGUGGGCGACCCGCUUCCUCGUGCUCGGCAUUCGGUGCGGCACUUCCCGCGGCGGCCACCACGUCAAGAUCGAGAGGACGGGCGCGCACGACAUGGCGGCCCUCGUGCGGGAGCCGGACGGCGAGGCAAAGCUCCGCGCCUUCUACACGGCACGUCCUGCAGCUGGCAGCCCUCCGCUUCACCCGCAUGAAGCUUCACGAGGUGGCGCCCGUGAACUACCGGAUGCACCAAGCGCGGCGACAACAACAAGCUGCCCAAAUGGGCCGACGUACCCCAUCCGCUCCAUGCUCGAGCUGCUCCGGAUGCACGCCCACCUUUACUACGACGUUUCCGUGUGCGAGUCGUGGGUGGGCGUCAUCUGGGACUACAUCAUGCGCGACGACGUCGGGCCGUACAACCGCGUCAAGCGGCCGAUGCCAAAGGAGGAGUGAUUGGGGUGAGCCCUCCGCCCGCCGCAGCAGCGCCGCGCGUGACGGCUUGCCACCGAGCAGCAGCGUCCAGUAUGAGCUCAGCGCGUCCUGCGCGAGAGCCAGGGUGUACUAGCCGGGACUCGUACCUCCCACCCCCUCUUGAGUCCGCGUUCGAGGAGUGUCCCCGUCGGGGUUGUACGGUGGGUCCGAAGCCUAGCCAACUUCGACGCUACCUUCUCUGUGUAGUCCAUUAAAUGUGUGCAGAGUUG